GAAAGAUGCGCAGAUUGAGCUUGACGCAUAGGACACAAAUUCUUAACAACUUUGUUAACGAAACAUCAUGUUGUCAACUGUAGUCAUGUAAAUCAUAAAGACGAAUGCAAAGCUUGCAUCGUUUGCAAGGGAGAAAAGGUUGCGUAAUUGCACGUGACUGGCACACGGUAGAUUUCUGACAUCUUUUACGAGUAAAGUUACUGAGUAAAGCAGGUAAGUCAUGCUUGCAAGACUGCUGCGAGGUCUCGCAGGACGCAUUUUGGUUUUCCGCUGAAGGGUUCAAACCAUGGAGGACGCUGAAGACCAGCGUCUUGAAAAGAAGAGGUCGAAACCCAAGAGAGAAGACAAAGGUCCAAAGAAGCAAUGGAGACCCUGGAGAGACCUUUUGAGGACUCAGGAUGCGGUGCUUUUCGUGCAGAGCUUCGAGACUGAAAAAAAGACUUUGAUGAGUGUUGCAGCGGAUGGAUUGGUGGCACUCUAUGUCUCCAACCCUCUUGGCAUCGUUUCACAAGAGCAGACCUUUCAUCUCAAAAGGGAAACAUCAACUACACCAAGACAUAGCCUAACAAGUCUCACAAGUGAUACUGCGCCCAGCUCUGCAAUUUGGUGUUCCUCUUUAACGAUGGCAGCUAGUUCGUUGCCUCCAAGCAUUCUCUACGGAGGACACGUGAAUGGAUCUGUGUCAGCCUGGUCUGCACGUGGCGCCUUACUCCUUGAAGUGCCCCAGGCGCACGCAGCGGCCGUGACAAGAGCUUGUUGUCUCAGUACCUUCGAGAUGGCUGAGGAGGCUGAUGCGGACGGACACGGUGCUCGACUGAAAAGUGAAGGGCCAGAUCUUGCCACGGCUUCCCUUGAUGCAACCAUUCGAAUUUGGCAAUUGCUUGAGGAUGAGAGAUGUGAAAGUAGCGGAUUUUCGCCAGGUUGUUUGUUCAUUUUGGAUUUGGGCCUUCGGAAUCCAGUAGCGGACCUUGUUCUUCUGUCGCCUGAGGAGAUUCUUGUUGCCACUUGGGAUGGACAGGUGCGUUUUGUUGAUUUGAUGCCUACGGAGGCGCCGGCAGACGCACCUGCAGCUUGCUCCAGGGCAUUGCAGGUGACUAUGGGACAAGUCAGGUCAAUCUGCAAAUGGCGCAAGAAGGGGGAGGAUGAAUGGCAGCUGUUUGCAGGCACCGACGAAGGUACCAUUUCAUGUUGGGCUCCUAGUGGGUCGCCUGGUUUAGCAUCAUCCUCUGCACUUGUGCCUUCCUGGAGUCAGCGGCUGUCAUGGCAGGGGCACUGGAGCCAUGUCAUUGCUUUGAGCAGCUGCAAGGAUUGGCUGAUAAGUUGUGCAGAGGACAAGCACGUACGGCUUUGGGAUGCCACUUCGGGCAAGCUUUUGUCUGACCUCUGGGGUCACAGUGCUGGGAUCUUGUGUGCCUGUGUGUCAUGGCCACUUCUGUGGACAGGCUCACGUGAUCACACCGUGCGAUCGUGGGAUCUUCAAGAAAUUGCCAAUCAGCUUCGAGAGCUAUCAACCAUGGAGACUUGCGAUGCCCAAUCCUUUCACUAUGAAAUCACUUUUUCUCGUUUGACUGCCAAGCAGUUGAAGAAGCUGGCUGCUGCAGCCAAAGCCGCCAAAGCCGCUAAGAGCGAGCGUCGCAACAGAACCCGCUGAGGUAUUGUACAUAGGUGACCAAAAGAGGUCCAAGAGCUCGAGAAAACCAAUGUCAAAGAACAAAA